GUUGGUUGGUUGGUUUUAGCUGGCGCUGAUCUGUCCCUUCGACAGGGGGAUAAACAAGGACGUACCGAGAGCCUCUUGAGGCGGAAAGGAGAGGUAAAUUUGCGAAGACCAACACACGGGACACACCGGCAGAUUGUGGAUUGUGCAUAGUGCAUACACCAUACAGAGUUACAGACUGUACAAGUAGACAGUACACACUGUACAAGUAUAUACUGAGGAUAUAAGUGUUGAUUGCUUCGGAGCACUUGGCAACUUGAGUAGUCCAAGUUUUAGUUUACAAGUGACACAGUUGUUUUAAAUAAUUGUGUAUUGAAGUAAACGAUUUUUUUUCGGGGUUGAGAGCGACGCUUGAGGAAGGCGUCUAAGAAGGUGGGAUAUGUUACGGAGAAAGGGCUAAGCUCCUGGUGAUGCUUUCUCAACUAAACAGUUGACCAGCUAGAAGUGGAAUUGUAUUUUUUUAUUUGAUAAAAAUUAAAAUUAAAAAAAAGGCAACAAGGAUAAAAGGAGCCAAAGGGCACACGUACACGCCCGGCUGUCAUAAACGAGCUGUCCUACGUAGACGCCAUGUUACGGAGCUGUGAGUCGAUGGCGAGUCUUUCCCUGAUUUUAUUAUCGUGUUAUAUUCUCAGGAUUGUUGCUGGCAAUGAGCUCAACGAAACAACGACUAAGAUAACAGAAGUGGAGACACAAAAUGUUAAUGUUCCAUUUGCUAGUAUGGAAAUAGAAGCAUCACAACAAUUGGAUGGUAUUGAAGCUGAUAGUACACCUCAUUUUAUAUGUAAGCUUAGUGAACCUAGUCAUAUCUGGUGGACAUUUAGUGAUAAAAAUGUCACGACGAUUAAUGAAUCCGACUACAGGGCGAGGUUUGAUUUGAAAAAAGCUAGUAGGAAGGAUUCGGGUAAUUAUAGUUGCAGAGCCAAGACUUAUGGUGGUGAAUUUUUAGAAAAAACUAUUUCCAUACGGGUUAUAGAACCUGGUAAAACAGAGCCAACUCAAGACAUUUGGGUGAAUGCAACAGCGCCAGUAAUCCUAAAAUGUAACUUCCACGGUUUCCCUCUCCGUAAUUUCUCUUGGAUAAAAGGAAACAACUCGGAAAGCAUAGAAGACUUACGAGAGCAAACUCACGUGAUAAAAGUCAACGAAACAUAUUACGUAUCAAUGUUAAAUUUCACUCGAGUAUACAGAAAUGACAAUGGAACAUACUCGUGUUUAUCCCACGAUUUUAAUAACUUAGUAAUAGGCCUGAGGAAUCUUUUUGUUGUUGACGUUCCUCAGGUAAACAUUGACUUUAUAAAAGCAGUUGGUGCUGAUAAAAUCUACCUUAAUUGGACAGUUAACGACGGUAAUAAACCGAUAUUACAUUACAAUGUUAAGUUUAGAAAAAAUGGUACAAGUGAUAUUGUAUAUUAUCGCGAAAGAAUAAGCGGAAUUCACAAAAGUUAUGUACUUAAAGGUUUUGAAAAAUCCACGGCUUACCAAAUAAGUAUUGAAGCUACCAAUGAAAUCGGAGACUCUCAAGUAUAUACCGAUCAAAGAUUAAUAACAACCUUGAAUGAAGAUCCGGUAUUUGUACCAACGGGAAUUGUUAAAGGUAUUACCGGUGGGUCUAUAACACUCGGCUGGACUCCACCGCCUCCGGGAUUAAAAGAGCACGUGCAUUAUUACAAUCUAAUGAUUAUUCACGGUAAUGAAAAAAAAGAAGCUGUACAUCACGCGCAAUCUGAAUUUAAAGAGCACGCAUUUACAGAUUUAACACCAGCAACUACUUAUCAAUUUAAGAUUGCUGCCUGCAGUUAUUACACCCAACAGUGCGGCAAUUGGAGCGCUGAAAUAAAUGGGACAACUAUGGACGGAGUUUGUAGCGCGCCUCAAAAUUUUACUGUCAAUUGUCACUUUGACAACAUUAGCCGGUCAAGUUCUGUCUCAGUAACUUGGAGCCCUCCCGAAAUUUUAAACGGAGUAAUUACUCGUUAUCAAUUAGACUUAUCGGGAAUUUCUCACUACCGCAACGAUCGAUCCCAAAGCAAAACUGAUCGUUGGGGACCCGUGAGCCACAGCACCCGAGAAAAUGAUUACAAUUGGGAGUUUAGGAGCGUACCUGCUAAUACUAAUUACACUGUACGUAUUUAUGGUGUGACUAGAGUUAGAUCUCCCGGAAAAGAAGCUGUAGGAAAUUGCAGCAUGCCAGGAACUAUUCCGGAUCGUGAAGAUUUAAAUGCAAGGAGUUGGAGAAAAAUUGCUAAUGAUGGAAGACAUUUAUUUAAAAUUAAUCUCCCCAGAAUAUCGGAACGCAAUGGUCCCAUUUGUUGCUAUCGGAUUUUUUUAGUUAAAUUAGCGCCUUAUAAAACUUGGGCUGAUCUUCCUCCUCCGGAGGAAUUAGAUGUUCAUUCUUAUCAUUACGCUCAUUUAUCUCCGGCCGGUGGAGCUUAUGUUGCUGAAAUGUUUGACAGUGAUCAUUUAAUUCCAGAGAUUUUUCUUGGCGAUGGUCAUACUAAUUAUAAUGGGAGCUCUGCUUGCAAUCAUUGUAUUGGGUUACGGCCCAAGCCCUCGCCGUCUUUAAGGCUUGUUCCUGAAGUUCCAAUUCUUAUUAAUAUAACUAGUUUGCCUACUACAAGUACUACUACUACUACUAGUACUACUACUACUACUACUACUACUACUAGUACUACUACUACUGAAGUUCCAAUAUUGACUUCAACUGUGAGUACGACUAUUGUUACAACUUCAACUCCGGUAAUAACUACGACUACUGCUUCACCUACUACUACUGUUGCUAUUACUGCGCCAAAAGUUGAAACAACAACGAUACCUCAGGCUACACUGAUCCCCAAUGCGGACUCCAAUGUAAAUACUAUUACAAAUCAAUUAGAAAGUUUAACUACUAUUGAAGCUACGAGAAAAAGGCGAGAUAAUUCCAUUGGUGAUAAUAUGCUCAUUGAAAAUACUUCGGAUUCUGGACAAUUUGUUCCGAUAGACGGAUUCUUAGAUGAGCAUUCUAAUUAUACGGCGUUCAUUGAAGUGACAGUAUACGGAAGCCAAGAAGGCCAAGUAAUACCCGCAUACAGUGGCUAUUUGAACACACUAUUCGGAGGACUGGAGCCUCGCGCAAUGGUCAGUGAACAAGGAGGAACUCUUGGAGUGAUACUCCAAGUCUCAGUUGCCUUAAUAUUAAUUGUGAUAAUUCUGCUAGUGGCACUGUGCGCUCUGCACAGGUACACCAAACGCGCCGAGCAAAAUGGCGAAGAGAACAUUAAUUUAAGGAACAGCAUCAGGCAUCUCUGCAGGAGCUUAAGAGGAAGACAUCAACUUGUAGCAGCUAGUCCUCCGGACAUGCCUCCGAUUCCUAAAAAUGAGCUGCUUCAGGCUUACGUGGAGCGUCAUCGCGAUUCUGACUACGGUUUUCAGCACGAGUUUGAAUUAUUGCCAGACAGAUUUACCGAUCGCACUACCCGUGGGUCCGAAGCGCGAGAAAAUCUCUACAAAAAUCGGUACCCUGACAUCAAAUCUUACGACCAAACUCGAGUAAGAUUGUCACUUAUAGACGGAAUCAUUGGCUCGGAUUAUAUAAAUGCAAACUUUGUGCUUGGUUAUAAAGAAAGGAAGAAAUUUAUUUGCGCUCAAGGACCGAUGGAUAAUACAGUUUGCGACUACUGGAGAAUGAUUUGGGAGCAGCAUCUUGAAUUAAUAUUAAUGUUGACAAAUCUUGAGGAAUAUUCUAAAACAAAGUGUGCUAAAUAUUGGCCAGACAAAGAUGAGACUAAAAAUUUUGGUGAUAUUACUGUUGAGCAUGUAAGACAAAGAACAUUUUCUGAUUACGUUGUUCGGGAAUUAAAAAUGACUAAAGUUGGAGAACGUGAUUCUAGAACAAUUGUUCAGUAUCACUUUUUAGUUUGGAAGGAUUUUAUGGCUCCAGAACAUCCUCAUGCAAUCCUUAAAUUUAUAAAACGAAUUAACGAAGCGUAUUCUUUGGAGAAGGGACCGAUUUUGGUACACUGUAGCGCGGGUGUUGGUAGAACUGGUACACUGGUAGCUCUAGACUCUUUACUACAACAAUUAGCUGAUGAAGGACAAGUUUCUAUAUUCAAUACUGUUUGUGAUCUACGGCAUCAACGGAAUUUCUUGGUACAGUCUUUAAAGCAAUAUAUAUUUAUUUAUCGUUCUCUGAUGGAGAUGGCGACUUAUGGAGACACUGAAGUUCCUCUAGGACAAUUAAAAGCUACGGUAGAGAAAUUGAGACAGAGGGAAAAUGGAAAAGAUAAGACUCGUUUGGAAGAAGAGUAUGAAGAUCUUGUAACACAGUCACAAAAAAUAAGCGCUGUUUUAGAGGAGCGUAAAUCAUUUUCAGUCGGUAGCGGUGAUGAGAAUAGAAUUAAAAAUAGAAGCGAAUUGGUUAUCCCCUAUGACCGCAACCGCGUUAUAUUGACUCCCAUACCGGGUCGUGAACACUCGACAUAUAUUAACGCAUCGUUUAUAGAGGGAUAUGAUAAUUUUGAAUCGUUUAUCAUUACACAAGAUCCGCUUGAAUCAACAAUUGCUGACUUUUGGAGAAUGAUUUCGGAACAGUGUAUUUCGACAAUUGUUAUGUUGUCUGAUUUGAAUGAAGGAUCACGGAAAUGUCCAAGAUAUUGGCCAGAAGAUGAAGCUGUUUAUGACCAUAUCAGAGUGUCUUAUAUUCAAAGUGAAAGUUGUCCAUAUUACACCCGGCGUGAGCUUUGUGUAGCAAAUACAAAGACCGAUGAAACCGCAGUAGUAACGCAAUAUCAGUAUCACGGUUGGCCAACGGUUGAAGGUGAAGUGCCGGAAGUAACUCGUGGACUUAUUGAGCUUGUUGAUCAAACAAGCUCCACAGAUGUUGAAUCAAAAGUUCCUAUUGUCGUCCAUUGUAGCUUUGGCUCGGAUAGAAGUUCGAUGUUUGUUGUUCUCAGUAUAUUAGUACAACAGUUGAAAACUGAAAAACGUGUCGACGUUUUCACGACAACGAAAAAGCUCAGGUCACAGAGACAUGGCAUGAUUAGUAGCUCCGCGCAGUAUGAUUUCCUCCACAGAGCAAUUAUGAAUUAUGCAGACCUACAUAAUUUAACAGAAGACGAGUCUAAUUCAUAAUCUCAUUCUCAUGGUGACAUUUAUUCAUAUUCCAAAAGACUGAUCUCAUCUUCUCGUUUUUGUAAGUCACCUUUGAUUUACAGUAAACAAGAUUUUAAUAAUUAUUUUAUAAAUAAUAACUAAAGUCAUAUUAAAUUAAAAUGUAUCAUUGAUGGAACCAAUUAUCAAGCAUCUUAAAUUUUUUGUGCCUGAGAAUCAUUUAAUUAUAUGCACAGUAAAAAAUUUU